GUAAGGAGGGCACUUGGGCGGAGAGGGACGCAAAGCAUCGCGCCUGAGAGUUCAUCGCAGUCUGAAGCUUUGCAUUACAUGUACGCACUCCGCACAACUCACUCCAGUGUACAGGCUCGCGCAAACUUUCCCGCCGUUGAGAAUGGCAGAGCAGUCGAACAGCGAUGGAGAGGAGAGGAGCGCACCCAUGAGGGGCUUUGCCCGACAAGGUGCCCUGAGACAGAAGAACGUUCACGAAGUUAAGAACCACAAGUUUAUCGCUCGCUUCUUCAAGCAGCCUACUUUCUGCAGCCACUGCACGGACUUUAUCUGGGGUUUUGGGAAACAAGGAUUUCAGUGUCAAGUCUGCUGCUUUGUGGUGCACAAGCGUUGCCAUGAAUUCGUCACCUUCUCCUGCCCUGGAGCAGAUAAGGGUCCUGCAUCAGAUGACCCGCGCAGUAAGCACAAGUUCAAGGUCCACACGUACUCCAGCCCCACCUUCUGUGACCACUGCGGCUCUCUGCUGUACGGACUCAUCCACCAGGGCAUGAGAUGUGACCACUGCAUGAUGAACAUCCAUAAGCGCUGUGUGGCCAACGUGCCGAGUCUGUGUGGGACUGACCACACUGAGAGGAGGGGCCGCAUCCAAAUCACUGCAGAGAUCAAGAACAAUGUGCUCACCGUCAGCAUUAAAGAAGCGAAGAACCUUGUGCCCAUGGACCCCAAUGGCCUCUCUGACCCCUACGUCAAACUAAAACUCAUCCCUGACCCUAAGAGCGAGAGCAAACAGAAGACCAAGACCAUCAAGUGCUGCCUGAAUCCCACGUGGAACGAGACCUUUACAUUUAAUCUGAAGGAGUCUGACAAGGACCGCAGGCUGUCUGUGGAGAUCUGGGACUGGGACUUGACCAGCCGGAACGACUUUAUGGGCUCUCUGUCUUUCGGCAUCUCGGAGCUUCAGAAGCAAGGAGUGAACGGAUGGUUUAAGCUGCUCAGUCAGGAAGAGGGCGAGUACUUCAACGUCCCUGUCCCACCCGAAGGUGAAGAAGGCAAUGAGGAACUCCGGCAGAAGUUUGAGAGAGCUAAAAUUGGUCCCAGCAAAACAGACGGCUCUUCCUCCAACGCCAUCUCCAAAUUCGACAGCAAUGGCAACCGGGACCGCAUGAAACUGUCCGACUUCAAUUUUCUCAUGGUGUUGGGCAAGGGUAGCUUUGGAAAGGUGAUGUUGGCAGAGAGAAAGGGAGGUGAUGAGCUGUUUGCCAUAAAGAUCCUGAAGAAGGACGUGGUGAUCCAGGAUGAUGAUGUUGAAUGCACUAUGGUGGAGAAGAGAGUGUUGGCCUUGGCAGGAAAACCACCAUUUCUCACUCAACUGCACUCCUGCUUUCAGACCAUGGACCGCCUGUACUUUGUCAUGGAAUACAUCAGUGGUGGGGAUCUCAUGUAUCAUAUCCAGCAGGUCGGCAAGUUUAAGGAACCCCACGCUGUGUUUUAUGCUGCAGAAAUCGCCAUAGGCCUGUUCUUCCUGCAUGUGAAGGGUAUUAUAUACAGAGAUCUAAAGUUGGAUAAUGUCAUGUUGGACAUGGAGGGUCAUAUCAAAAUUGCUGACUUUGGCAUGUGCAAGGAGAAUAUGUUGGAUGGAGUCACCACCAAGACCUUCUGUGGGACACCUGACUACAUUGCCCCUGAGAUCAUCGCUUACCAGCCUUAUGGAAAGUCAGUGGACUGGUGGGCUUUUGGAGUUCUGCUCUAUGAGAUGCUGGCUGGGCAGCCCCCAUUUGAUGGUGAGGAUGAGGAUGAACUGUUUCAGUCCAUUAUGGAGCACCAUGUGUCCUAUCCCAAAUCCAUGUCCAAGGAAGCUGUGGCCAUCUGCAAAGGGCUAAUGACCAAACACCCAGGUAAGCGUCUGGGCUGCGGUCCUGAGGGCGAGCGAGACAUCAGGGAACAUGGCUUUUUCCGUUACAUGGAUUGGGAGAAGCUGGAGAACAAGGAAGUUCAGCCACCAUUUAAACCAAAAGCCUGUGGCCGGGAUGCAGAGAACUUUGACCGCUUUUUCACCCGCCAUCCACCGGUUCUCACCCCUCCAGACCAGGAGGUCAUCAUGAACCUCGACCAAGACGAGUUCGAGGGCUUUUCCUUCAUAAACCCCGAAUACCCUGCCAUGGAAGCCCAGAGUUAAGGGCGACCUCCUAAAACUAACCCAACCCUCCAUCAAAACCCCCUCUUCAUCAAACCUCCAAACGUUUAUGUAUCAUACACUCGGUAAAAAACGGCCACGUGUAUGUAUAUAAACAGCCAUGCACUGAAACUAAACCAUAUACAUAUGCAUGCGAAAUUUCGAUAUUCGUAGACUAGCCUGAAGGACGCUGCAGCUUUUCACGACAUCCCAUUGAGUGUAUCCAUGCUGGAGGAACGUUCGAAUCUAAAGGCUGUCUCUUUAUACUAUUAUUCCUGAAUGCGGUGUGUAUUGCAUAGCUCUUUUCUAAACUAUCCUGAGAUGUGUGUGUGUUUCGAACACCAUCGGUGUUCAGAAUCAGCCAUUUGCACUGAAGGUGCAUGAAUUGCAUACAAGAUGCAUAAUGGCUACCCUCGCUCUUCUUAUCCAGCCUGUGACAGUGAUAUUCUGCUGAUUUUAUAAUCAAACCUUUUUGCCUGUUUCAAAACGAAUGCAAACUCAAAAGGUUUUUGCAUGACGGUUAGCCCUAGUAUAGUUAGCCCUAUCGUGAACCCUAGUCUUGUUUUCAUCUCUGACUUGCAUUGUACAGACAAGUAGAUAACAGAAAUUGACCAAAGUUUUUCUCUUUUUUUUUUUUUGGAAGCAUGAGUAAAUAAGACUUUUUUAGGAUGCCUGUAUCCUGUUUGUGUGUAUGUAUGGGCCAGUAGAGCUUAAUGGAUGUGCCUGAUUGUGGUAGUGAUCUGCUUAUUUUGCCUGAUCAUCUCACACCAUCAGCAAACACUCACCCAUGUACAGGAAGCAUGACUCCUGUGAUGGUUCCCGUUGGCUCUUCCUUGUUUAACACUUGACUUCUGCUUAAAGGUCAGCCGGAUUUUAUCGAGAGGUAUUUGACAGGCACAUUAAAUAUCAACUACCUCCUGCUUGAGACAAUUACAGAUUGAGACAGGACGUGAGAACGAGUGCUAAUAUCAGAAACGUGCUAGCGCUGUAGCCAAUAACCUUUAAAAGACCCGUCGGCCAUAUAUUACUGACCCCUAUGUUAGAUAUGCAUGUACAAAUAGAACCAUCAUUGGGGUUUACGAUGACAAAGAGAUGACCCAUGGGUAAUAUCUUAAAAUUACACCCUGGAUUUCAUUGAAGAGCUUGUGAAUGAGCAAAUUAGUCUAGUUGGGAUGCAUUGAUACAGCUUCACUUCGCUUGAAUGAUUCCAUCUCGAAGCUCGUCAAUAGAGACCCGCCACAUUAUAUUGAAACCCUGAAAGAAUACCGCAACGUUUGUGUGGAACAAGCAUCAAAGGCGGCGAGAAGAACAGGAUAUAAAGCUGACGAAUAAUUUGCAACGCAAUUAGACGGUGUAGCUUUGGAAAUAAAACAUUUCAAGCGUGUAAACAUUGCUCAUAAGCACAACCGUUGUUGUGUUAAUGGAUCCAACACAGGCUGGUCAGUGCUUUAAUACGGUGUCCUAAUUUAGCACGCUGACGACUCGGAUACGACAGUCGGUCUAGAAACGCGAGCACUGUUCGUGUCAGCAGCGAAGUCCCUGUGUGGAACAGAUACCGUAUCACUAAAUGGAACUGGAAAGGCCACAAGAGCCACACAUCCACAGAAUCGGGUCAGAUCCUCUCAGACAUCAGAGUUCCCUGAGCGCUUAUCCGUGCUGACUAGCGGCCAGUGGCUUUUAUUGGAAACCGCUGGGGCUUCAUAUCAUAUCUUCAUCAUGGGAUUUCAGGGAAGGGAUAACCUCUCUAAAAUGGCUUCUCACAUGAGAAGGUUUUCAGAUAUGUCGUAGAAAAUUGCGGGAUAGGAAAACAAAGGACAUGUUAUGGAAUGUCAUUUCUGCCAAAAACAAAAUAUAGCGAGGAGUUUUUUUUAAGUGUCUUAAAAUAAUAUAAGCAAAUAAAAUGUGUCAAAUGUUCUUAAAUGUUAUGAAUUCUAUGUGGUCAGUAUUGUAGAUAAAAAUAAACAAAAAAAGGCAAUUCUUUGUGUUUUCUACACCACAAAAUGUGCAUAGAAGCUUUCUGCAUGAAUUACAACGAACUACCCCUAGUGUUUUAGCGAGUGCUCUUGACCUUUCUGUGUGCUUUGCUUCAUACAUCCUCAGUGCUUUUCUUGUGCCAAAGUAUUUUCCACAAAAAAACCACAAGUAUGCAUUUAAAUAAAACUGAAACCUCAAUAGCC